AUGGCAGAAGAUGCGGAUACGAUCGUUGAUGUACACUAUCAAGGGCUGUUUACACCUACCCCAUUGAUUUAUUUUGAUGGAGUAAAAGCCUCGGUACCUCAGAAGGUUGUGAAGAAGAUGAACUUCGGUGAUUUCAUCCCCUUUAUUGAAAAGCUUACUAACGGAAGAUGUAGCGAUGUGUAUUACUGUCCACAUGAAGAGGAAGAAGCAGAACUUGAAGAUGAAGAUUUGUUUUCUAUUGAUGAUGUCGACUCCAUUUUAGAAGAUGGUCUGAAAGCUCAACAUGUAGAGGACGAUGAAGUUAUAUCUCUCAAAAGAAAUUUCAAUGAUCCAUUCCUCAACAAACUUUGUCCAAUACAGAACGAUGACUUGGUUGAAGAAGAUCAUAAUGCAAUACAACCUAUCUACCCAAGACAUGAUCAUACUCAAGAAUGGAAUCAGAUGAAGCCUCGAUUAGGUAUGAAAUACUGUACUACUGCUGAACUUAAAUGCUCUCUUAGUUGCUAUGCAGUAGCAAAUGGUUAUGAUCUGUGGUAUGAAAAGAAUGACAAGACUAGGUUGCUAGUUAGGUGUUGUAAAGGAAAGCAUCCCACAUGCCCUUUUAGAUUGUAUGCUUCCUGGAUGAAAGAGGAACACACUUUUUAG